AUGGACCUCGAGGCCCUCGCGCGCCAGAUGGGCCAGAUGGGCGUCUCCACGGUCGGCAUCUUCGGCGCGGAUUUCGCCACCGCGGGCGCCGCCUCGGAGAAGAAGACUUCCGACCACGUCGACGCCGAGUCCAUCUCGAAGGCUGCCGCGGCGUUGGCGGACCACAACCACUCUCAGCGCACGCGCGGCGUCGACGACGACGACCUCCUUGCUGCGAUGGGAGGCGACGGGGCCGGUGCAAACGGCACAGCGAGCGGCGCGGGUGCGGCAGCGGGCGAGCUGGCGGUGCAGACUACUUCGGACGGGCGCGGCGGCGAGGACGACCGUCCCGCGUGGCUCCGCUGGAUGCAGGGCGGCGGGGGCAACUACCAGGCGCUCCAGUCUCCGCGCCGUUCGCAGCAGCCCCCGCCCACUCCAACGCCGCCGAACGCGCCCACGGUCACGACUCUGCUUUGAGGCGGGGCGCGUCCGCGAACACAGGGAGGGCGCUCGGCCGACAGCGAGAGUGACACCAAGCACCUUCUUUGAGUAUUCCGCCGGCAGAGGUGGUUCCUGAUGGCUCUAACAGCUUGCGCGCGAGUUAGCGGCGAUAGGGGGGGGGGGAGGGGUCUAGCGGUGCACCAUGCUUUGCGGGAUGUCGAUGAGCUGGGGCGAGAGGCUGCUCGAUCGGCGAUGAGGUCUUGCGCAUCCUGUCGCAGUGGCUUCAACCGCGGCGCCUCGAGACGCUCUCUUGAGCCUCGACGCCGAUUCCAGUGCGCUGUGAUUGUGGCGCGAGGUGUCGUCGUGUCGAGUCAGUGAGACUGGCAGACUCGAGACCGUCCGGUCGACAGAAUGCGAAUCCGAAUGGCACGGUCUGCCGAGCCCCGACGUCUCGCAAAGGAAGCAAGUUUAAAACGCGGUCACAUGUCACGUCUCAGUCACUGUGCAUUACGUCGAUUUUUAGUAAACUUUG